ACUGUACACAUAGGUAAACGGAAACAUAAAAAGAAAAAGGAAAAAAAGGAAAAAAAGAAGAAGAAAGAAAAAACUCGUAAAAAGAAGAAAAAGAAGAAAACAUCUAGCUCAAGUGAGUCUGACGAUAUUGAAGAAUCUGAGAGUUGGGUUGAAAAAAAAAAACAAGAGGAAGAGGAGGAAGACAUAGGUCCUUUGCCGAAGACUCAUGUUCAGUUGUCUGCAAAAGAUUAUGGGAAAGCCUUAUUGCCAGGCGAAGGGGCUGCAAUGGCGGCUUAUGUAGCUGAAGGUAAAAGAAUUCCAAGGCGAGGUGAAAUAGGACUCACUAGUGAACAAAUACAGGCAUUUGAAGCAGUUGGCUAUGUAAUGAGUGGAAGCAGGCAUCGUCGUAUGGAGGCUGUCAGGCUUCGCAAAGAAAAUCAGAUAUACAGUGCAGAUGAAAAGCGUGCUUUAGCUAUGUUUAACAGAGAAGAAAGACAGAAAAGAGAAACAAAAAUAUUGUCUCAGUUUAAAGAGAUGAUUAAAGCAUCAACUACACAUGACUAGUUUUGUAUUAUUAGUUUGUUAAAUAAAAUCGAUUUUAAAUAUCAGAAAA